CAGAGAGGAAACAAAGUUAAUCCAAAAGAACAAUGUGGAUAUCAAGAAUGUUAGGUGUUGGAGCUAUGACAUUUGUAUUUCUGAUCUCAACUGCUUUAGCCAAUGAUGUCGUUGUACUCACAAAAGACACCUUUGAAGAAGAGGUUGGCAAGGAUCGUGGUGCUCUUGUCGAGUUUUAUGCUCCUUGGUGUGGACAUUGUAAAAAACUUGCCCCGGAGUAUGAAAAAUUGGCAACUAGUUUUAGAAAAACUAACACCAUUUUGAUUGGAAAGGUUGAUUGUGAUGAACAUAAAAGCGUUUGCACUAAGUAUGGGGUUUCUGGUUACCCUACAAUAAAGUGGUUUCCCAAGGGAUCACUAAAUCCAAAAAAGUUUGAAGGCGCACGUACCGCUGAAGCCCUUGCUGCUUUCCUAAAUAUUGAAGGAGGUACCAAUGUGAAGAUACCUUCUCUUCCGCCCAGUGUAGUAAUUCUCUCCCCUGAUAACUUUGAUAAGGUUGUCUUAGAUGAAACAAAAGAUGUCCUGGUGGAGUUCUAUGCACCAUGGUGUGGUCAUUGCAAGGCCCUUGCUUAUACUUAUGAGAAGGUUGCUGCAGCAUUUAGGCUAGAGGAAGAUGUAGUUAUAGCGAAUCUUGAUGCUGACGAGUACAAGGAUUUGGCUGAGAAAUAUGAUGUUCAUUCCUAUCCCACAUUCAAGUUUUUCCCAAAGAACAAUAAAACCGGUGAAGAUUAUGUUGGUGGUCGUGAUAUGGACGAUUUUGUAUUUUUCAUUAAUGCGAGAUGUGGCACUAACCGUGAUGAACAGGGUCAACUUACUUCUAAAGCUGGUAUAGUACCAUCUCUAGAUGGCUUGGUGAAGGAGUUUGUGAGUGCCAACGACGAUGAGAAGAAGAUUGUCUUUUCCAGACUUGUAGAGAAAGUUAAUACGCUUAAGGGUUCUACUGCAAGAUAUGGCAACCUCUACUUAAAACUUGCUAAGAGCAGUAUGGUAAAAGGUGCAGAUUAUGCGAAGAACGAGAUUCAACGUCUUGAGGGAAUGCUUCGGAAGUCAGUAAGUGCAGCAAAGGCAGAUGAAUUCACCCUCAAGAAGAACAUCUUAUCUAUCUUUGUUUGAUUUAUGAUGAUAUAAUAGUUGAGCCUUUAAGUUCUAUAGGGAGAUAUGUGUAAUUCCUGAGUGUGCAAGUGUUAUCACCCUUAUG